CCAAUCUCCAACCUCCAACCUCCAACCUCCAACCUCCCGACCAUCACCUAGAGUCGUAGUUUCAAAUCCUCAAGCCAAUCCAAUCACUCCAGAUCUCUCUAGAUGCUCGAGAAUUGAUUGAUUGACUGUCAAGCCGAGCAAGCGUCCUCCAAGCUCCAACACGAACAGCCAGUUCUCGAUGCGCAAGAUGACUCCGUACCCUCUUUUACUCAAUACUAAAAUGUCAAUCCAUGCAUGCAAAUGUCCAAGCCCCCCUGUGUGUGGAUAGCAGGUGUAGGUACCAUGGUUUCGAUGAUGUCGAUAAGAUGGGUCGUAGGGUAAAUCUACUUUGUUUCCAAUCUUAUUAUUUGAUUUUAUUCUGACGAUUCUUGUAUUUGUGAGUGAGCAUUGUGAAUAUUCAUUUACGGUAUUAUUUAUUAUUUAAUAUUUAUUAUCAUUACUACCAUUUCUUCGUACAAUACAUGCCGAUUCUCGACUAAUACACUAACGUCGCUGAAAACUGGGUACGGGUCAAGGAGAAUCAAGCUUUUGGUGAAGAAUUGCAUAGAGGAAGUGUGAGUGAGGAUCCUUCUACCGUCUUUCAUUUUGUGGAUGGAUCGAUUUUGGAUGGUUUAUUGAUUGGGCUUUUGGAUUGUGCUAUUCGAUCAUUGCUGUCGUCGUCUAUCACUCACUCACUCACCCACUCACUCACAUUGUAUAUCCAUCUAUCCACAUAGAUAGGAUUUGUGAAAGUGUACAAAGAGAUAGUCAUCAAAUCAAUUCCCUCAUCUCGUCUCAUCACAUCUCAAUUCAACAUCAAUCAAUAACCUUAUCUCGUCUCAUCUCACCUCACCUCACCACCCAAUCUCACCAUGGGUUUCUUCCCCAAUCGAAAACGUCAAGAAGCAAUCCCAGCUCACCAAACAGGAACCAUAGCCCCAGAAGGUCGCACCACAGAUAAAAGUUCCGAUCGAACGUUAACUCCUGGUGACAAUUCAAAUCAUGUCUCGAUGGCCGGCGUGGAUAUCAAGAGAGCUACCAAGGCGAGGAAGAGAGCUAUUUAUAUCACCAGUUUCUUGUACUUGAUCGCCGUCAUCUUUUUAAUUCUUACAAUAAUCGGCAAUAUAAACAACCGUGCCGUCAUCCGCGAUACCUGGUUCUUCCGACUCGACCUCACAAACAUCAUUCCCGAAUCCGUCGGCGGUGGCAUCACCCUGCAAAACUCUCUCGCCCGAUCCCUCGGCCUCCACGAUUUCUACCAAGUCGGCCUCUGGAAUUUCUGCGAAGGCUACAACGAUGAAGGCAUCACCGCUUGCUCCACCCCCCAACACCUCUACUGGUUCAACCCCGUCGAUAUCCUCCUCAAUGAGCUCCUCGCCGGCGCAACCAUUGCUCUCCCCGCUCAAAUAAACAAUAUCCUCAGUCUCAUCCGCAUCGCUAGUCACAUCAUGUUCGGCUUCUUCAUCACCGGUGUCGUCAUGAGUUUCUGCAACAUUUUCCUCUCCUUCUUCACCAUCUACUCCCGCUGGAUAUCCGGGUUCUACGCCAUCUGGACAUUUAUCUCCGCGCUUCUCGUCACCACGGCGGCGAUUAUCGCCACGGUGAUGUUUAUCAUUUUCCGCAAUACGGUGACGAGUCAGGCGGGCUUGAAUAUUGGCGCGAGUGUGGGCACCCGGAUGUUUGCGUUUAUGUGGAUCGGUGCUUCCUGUGUGAUUAUCGCGUGGGUGAUUCAUGUGGGUAUGUGUUGUUGUGGGGCUAGUAGGAGGGAUGUGAAGAGUGGGAGGAGGAUGGGGAGUAAGAAGGCUUAUUCCAGUGGAGUUAUGCCCGUUGGGAUGGAGGAGAAGCGGGGUGGGAAGAAGAGGACGAUUCCGGGGUUUGGGAGGAGGAAGACGGCGGGGGAAGUGGUUUAGGUUAGGUUGGUUUGGUUUGGUUUGGUUUAGUUUGUGAUUCCACGGUGGGGGUGGUUCUUUUUUCUGGCUACUUCUUCUUCUUCUUUGUCUUCGGGACAAAAGAUGAUGGAAUUGGGAAUAUCAUACAUAUUAUAGAGUGAGUGGAACACAUGGAUAUGGAUAUGCACAUGCAUAUCCAUCGAUGAACAUCCUCAUCAACAUCAACAUCAACAUCCAACCCAGAGCAUAUAUAUUAAAAUUAAAUAUGCCUCGGAAGUAUAUAUAGUUAUGUUAUACAUAUAUACAUAUACAUAUACAUAUAUACAAAACCAUAUAGUUAUGAAACUAGGAUAUCAGGAUAUCAGGUAUUAGAAUAUAUAUCGGGACAAGGCGUUAGUUAGUAAAUAGAUAUAUUGAUAGAAUAUCGACGGCUCGGUAAAUAGGUAGCCUUUUGGAUUUCUUUGUAUAUAGGAUGGGAUUUUGGGAAUUGGGGGGUGUGGUGUG